AUGGUCGCAAGUGCGAUCAAGCUGGAGGCGCGUCCGUGGGUGAUCAUGUCCGUUGCCCAGGUGUGCACGAGCGGCCGGGGCGCCCGCUCCACGCAGGACAAGCUAGCGCUGCGUUGCCGCAGGCUCAAGUUCACGGGAAACGCCGGUCAGGAUGACGACCCGGAGACCGGCGAGGCAGGGGAGGGCCAUGGCAGGCGCCGCUCGCGCAGCACCCGCAAUAGAGGCAAGCGCCACAAGGCCGAUGCAGGCUGGGCCGCUUACGGUAAGACCACAAUUCAAUCCAACCAGUUCACGAAGGAUGAGCUGCGCAAGGAGGGCAGCGCGACCGAGACCGACAGUAUACUCACCUGGGCCACCAGAACCGCGGCAACUCAGGACGCCCCCGCGGCCAUGCAAUUUGUCGCGGGCGUCGGGGGCGUGAACGGGCGGGGUGGCGACAGCGCGUCGCACCCGCCCAUGAUUGUGCACGCGGAGAGCUGGCGCCACUGGUGGGCUCAGCAGAUUGGAGUGCUUUUUGGCGGCCGCGUGCCGGCAGGGGCCAUCAGCACUGAGCAGCCCAUGCAGUUGGUGCCUAUGACAAGGGUGAAGACAGUGGAGGUCGUGGAUGGCGUAGAGCUGACUGACAGUCUGCCAGACAUGUCGGACGCGCUGCCAGGUCAUGACAUGCUGGCACCGCCCAAGGAGUACAGGGAUUACGCCCAGGCUCUGAAUGCGGUCAGCAAUGCACCGUCAUACCAAUACGUCCUUGAGUUCUACUGCCCGUUCCUGGGAGAGAAGCCACACAACACUUGGGACGUGACCAUGUAUAUAAAGCUGCGACUGAGGGCCAUCAACGCACUCUGGACAUCCAUUUACGGCGUCGCAACCAGGCUGGGCGUGCCGCCCGGCUUCGUGCGCCACCCGAACACACCACAGGUCUUGCCAGCAGUAGUUCUGCAUUGGCGCGGUCGUGAUGCAGUUGCUGGCGGCGCGAACGCGCGGUGGGAAGCCAACGCACAGACCCUCGCCCAGGGCGGAGACGCAGCGCGGCUUUGCGGCGCGAGCAUGUCGGUCACGGAGAUGCGGGCGGCAGCCGAGGGGUUCCACCCCUAUCCCGGACGCGUGCCAUUCUGGACGGACCCGACUACGGGCUCUGACUUCUCGUGGCCGGCGAACCACGUUAUGAUGGACGGGACAUAUAACGCGGCUGUCUUCGCGCCGCAGAUCGGCAAGGGUGCGGGGCCAGUUCCAAUCGGCGGCGUGAUUGGUUGGCCCAACCUAGCGCCAACGCCGGGUUGGAGCACGUACGUCUCGGCGCUUUACAAGCUCGCGGCUUGUGCGCAUAUUCGACCGCGGCUCAUCAGGCAGCUGGAGGGCUGGUUUUCCGCUGGUUCUGGUUACCAGGAAUGGGCAAGUUUGCGACUGCCCAAGCCCUCGGGCGCGGACUGCCUCGAGCGCGCCGUCGCGUGGGCCGAAGGCAAGGCCACCUACAGGUAUAACGCGUUCGCUGGGCUGGCAGGUGACCUAAUUGCGUGCUACACACUUGUGAUUGAUUUCCAGUUUCAUUAUGCGUCGUGCGUGCUCAAGUUCACGGCUGGCUUGGUCGACCGCGUGCUGAGCGCUGCGCCGAGGAGCAGAGUUGAGGAAAAUCUGCAACAGCUCUAUGUCGGGACGGCAGACAGGUCUGUGGGCGUCACGCAGCCAUGGCACACUUCCAUGGCCGUCGCGGACCUGCCGCCGACCCCGGGGCCCGGCGUUGAUGAAUGGAGUGCCUGCUCGGUGGGCGGGGAAGGUUUCUCAACGCUUAAUUUCGCCAGGACGGCCUCCUUGUGGAGCAAGAGCCCGCCCACGGUCUGCAUUCCUUGGUAUAAAGGAACGAAGGCGUGCUACAGUUCGACUGCGAACAAGUAUCAUGCGGGUGGUGAGAUCGGCGAGAUAUAUCAACCCAUCGAGGAGGAGGACAAGGUCGACGUCAAGGCGACCACUCAGCUGAUGGCGUACAAAUAG